CGUCAUGGGACUGAACCCGGAAGUAAUGAAGGAGCUCACACGCAGGCUAUAGACUGCGACAAACUGUAAAUACUGCAGCUCCUGUUAAACAGGUACUUUGUGAACCUGUAUUUCCAACUUCUAAGCGACAGAAACCUCAAUCAUGUCUCAGAGGGAACUGAAGGAGGCGUUUGUCAGUAAUCUCAAUGGGACCAGUCUGCAGGAGGUGACUCUGGGUACAUUUCUCGCACCCUUGUGUCUCAUCAACAGAGGUCUGAUUUUGAUCCUCUACCAUCAGGCCAGAAGGACCCUCCCAAUGCCACUUCCACUCUUCUCUCACCUGCUUCUAGACUUUUCUGUGCUAAUUCUUCCCCUCGUCAUGUCAUGCACCAUCCUGAGCGGCAUUCUUCACCUGGUCAUCGGGAGCUUUUUGUUUGUUUCAGUUUGUGUGCUUUGCUACCUCUAUUGCACCAACAGUCACGCUUCCAAUCGGCACCCGAAGACCAAUGUCAGCACCUUCCUGCAGCGUCAUGUUCAGUUCAACCAGGUUCCUUUUGUGACCAUCUUUAGAGUGUUUGUAAAUGUGAAAACAGCCAUCAGCAUUCUCGCUGUAGACUUUAGCGUCUUCCCAAGGCGCUAUGCUAAAACAGAAACCUAUGGCACAGGGGUUAUGGACUUUGGUGUCGGAGCGUAUGUCUUUGCAAAUGCCCUUGUCUGUCCAGAGGCACGGGGAAAGACCAUCUCUGGAUCUAAGAUCAAUCAUAUCACAAAGCAGCUCAUUUCCGUCUGGCCCCUGGUUGCUCUUGGCAUGGGAAGGCUGGUAAGCUUGAAAAUGAGCAGCUACCAAGAGCAUGUGACAGAAUAUGGUGUCCACUGGAAUUUCUUCUUCACACUUGCCAUCGUCAGAGUUUUGGCUUCUAUGAUUUUGGCCGUUUUACCAGUCAGUCAGUCGUGGGUGUUUUCCCUUCUGAUCAGCGGACUUUAUCAGCUCACUCUGGAGACAUCAGGGCUGAAAGCGUUCAUUAUCCACAACAAUGACAGAGAGAAGGACUUUCUGUACGCCAACAAGGAGGGCAUAUUCUCUGUGGUGGGCUAUGUAGCCAUCUACAUGGCAGGGGUUCAAGUUGGACGUUAUGUGAUGCAGCCAAGAUCCCAAGUUAAAGAGUGGCUCAAAGCACUUUUAAACCUCUUAUUUGGUAGUGUUGUGCUGUACACUGCUUUGUACACAUGUCAGACACUGGUGGAGCCAGUGUCUCGUCGCUUAGCUAAUUUACCUUUCUUCCUCUGGACUGUUGCACAGUCUUUGUUCUUUAUGUCCUGCCUCGGUUUUGCCGAUCUGGCUUUACUGUUUUCCAAAAGCAUAUCAGGCUGUAACUUUCUACCCUCAUCAUGGAAUUUGCAUAAAAAACAAUCAGAUUCAGCCUCUGACAAACACAGUGGUGAAGUUGAAAGAUUUUGCAUUGUUCAAGCCAUCAGCAGGAAUCAGUUGCUAUUUUUCUUGAUUGCAAAUAUCAUGACAGGACUGACCAACUCGCUAGUGGACACACUUACCUGUAGCAGUUCAUUUUCAGUGUGUGUUUUGUUGAUGUAUAUGUUCAUGAAUUGCUUUGUGAUAUAUGUUUUACAUCACCGUGGAAUAACGGUGAAAUUCUGGUAAAAUCACGUUUGCAAAGAGAAAUGGUUCAUUUGUAAGUUUUGAUGAUAUUAUUUGUUGCUGUUUAGAAAAAAGUUGAGUAAUUGCUCCCUCACCCACAAAUAAGAGCUAUGGCUAAAAUAUAUGAGAUAAUAUACAGCAACUGAAAAGUGGGAAUUGUUAAAGAUCAUGUAUUCAUUUCAAACAAACUGUAUUUAUUCAUCUUAGCCAUAUUUGCAUUUAAAACUGAGAUGUGACACAUUACAGAAAUUAUUAUGCCUAUUCUGUUGUUACAACUGUUUGUCAGCUGGUCAAAAAUUGAAAUGUUGGCACACCUUGGUUUGCUCUGCAUGCUCUGCCAUGGGUUGUCGUAGGGAUCAUGGUAGUGGACCUUGUAUCCCAGGCCAGUGACCCAGCCCUAAUCCUAACCCCCACCUACUGUCCCAGGUCCCCAUUUUUCUUGAUUCCUACUGAUGUCUAUUACUGGUGACUAUACAACACCAUUCAGAGUGUAAAAUGAAUGCUGCACUGUCUUACUUCACUAUUUUUUUAUGAAAUUUUAAUUUAGCACAUUUGUGUCCUUUUGCACAUUAUCUUUAUAAUGUAUACCUAUUAUAUUGUAUUGUGUCAUACUAUUACAUAUAUAGGCCUCUAACUUUAAUAUAUAUAUAUAUAUACAUACACACAUCUUUAUAUUAGUAUAUUACAUGUGAUCUACUGUUAUUUAGUAUACUAUGACGAAAAUAUAUUAUGUGUGUGUAUAUAUGAUAAAAUUGUAUAUUCAUAUUGUAAACCAUACCUACUUAUACAACAGUCUCUUUAUCUCUCUCUCUAUGUAUAUAUGUGUGUGUGUGUGUUUCAAUAUCAUCCUGUGCCACUCAAGUACGUUUCUCUACCAGUAAUAUUUCUCUCUGUGGUGAAAAGUUUAUAUUAUGUACAUAUUCUAUGCAUCUUUAUUUGAUGUUAUAUUUUUAUUCAAUUGCCUUUUGAUUCUCUUGUCUGUCUCAUUCUUACAAUCUGCUGCAGUAGCAAGUGCAUUUAUCUUAUCGUGUUUGUAUCUUAUUGUUUGUCUCUGUCAAGGACGUCUAAAGAAUAAAUCAAGAUGUUGUUGAAAGCAAAAAAA